AUGGACACCCUCGUUGCCCAGUACUCCCGGCCGUCGAGCUUCCAGGACGACUACGAGGCGGAGCAACAGGAUGUCCUAGAGAGAGCUCCUCCACUGUCUCUCAGAUUCUCCCUCCCUCCUAUUGACAGACCCUCCGCUUUCCUACGAGCUACAACAGACGAUCAUGCCAACCCAGACUGCAAGAUUGCCCAUGGUACAACAACACUCGCCUUCAGGUUCCAGGGCGGUAUAAUUGUAGCUACAGACUCGAGAGCCACAGCGGGCAACUGGAUAGCCAGUCAGACGGUCAAGAAGGUCAUUGAAAUCAACAGCUGUUUGCUCGGGACCAUGGCCGGUGGUGCUGCUGACUGCCAAUACUGGCUCGCAUACCUAGGCAUGCAAUGCCGUCUUCACGAGCUUCGACACAAACGUCGUAUCUCCGUUGCCGCUGCCUCCAAGAUCCUCGCCAACCUAGUCUACAACUACAAGGGAAUGGGUCUCAGCAUGGGAACCAUGUGUGCCGGUGUCACCCCCGAGGAAGGUCCGGCACUAUACUACAUUGAUUCUGACGGUACGCGGCUGCCAGGAAACUUGUUCUGUGUUGGAUCGGGACAGACAUUUGCAUAUGGUGUGCUGGAUGCAGAGUACCGAUAUGACCUGACGGAAGAAGAGGCCCUUGCUCUUGGGUCUAGAAGUAUUCUUGCUGCUACCCACAGAGAUGCCUAUUCCGGUGGAUUUAUCAAUUUAUACCAUGUUAAGGAAGAUGGAUGGGUGAAGCAUGGAUUCAGCGAUACCAACCCUAUUUUCUGGAAUACCAAGCUUGAGAAGGGCGAAUUCUCAAACGUCUCUGAGAAUAUUGUGAACUAA